AUGAUAAAUAUUAAGGUGUUUGACUCAUGGAUGUUACAAAUCAGAAAUGACACUGCCUACGAUGAUGUAACAAAUGAAUUGCUAAAGUUGCCCGCUGGCAUCUUCCCAGAAACAGUUGGCAACCCGAUUGAAUCAGUGGUUGAAAUGAUAUAUCAUUCUCUCUUGAAAAACUGUAAUAGUCCUUCAUAUAUAACUGAAAGGGUAAUUCUCAUGCCAAAAAAUGAUAUGGUCCAAGAAUUGAACACAUUUAUCAUGGACAUGCUUCCAGGAGAAGGAAAAACAUAUCUAAGUUCAGACACGAUUUGCAAAGGAAGUGUACAAACAAAUGAUGAAGACCUCAUUUAUCCAACUGAUCUUAAAGAGUUUGCAAUUCAAUGGCGUUCCAAAUCACGAGAUUCAGCUAAAGGUAGGAUCCCCAAUUAUGUUAUUACGCAACAUCAAUCAAACAGAAGGAUUGCGCAAUGGAACACGAUUGUUUGUCACAUUACUUGGUACAUGGUUUUCACACAUGGACAACUAUGUGUGGCUAUUUCACGAGUGACAUCGCAUGAAGGAUUAACCAUAAUAAAAGCUGAUGAAGAAAUGGAACACCAUACACUCAUAAAAAACAUUGUCUACCAUGAAGUGUUCAAUAACAUUCAUCCAUCCACCGAGUAG